AUGGAUCCUCAGCAACGGAGACCAGAAACUGCUCGAGCCCCACCGGUUGGAGAGCCCGGCGGCGAUAUAUCUUCGAUUUUCAUUGCGUUCGGUGUUUUCGCUGCGAUCGCCGCUUUGGUCAUGUUUCCUUCAUCGUUGGUGCACCAAGUUCCUGAAGGUCACGUUGGAGCGUAUUGGAGAGGUGGUGCUCUUCUCAACAUUAUCACAGAGCCUGGUUUUCAUCUAAAGCUGCCUUUCAUAACCAACUAUGAGCCUGUUCAAGUUACUCUCCAAACAGAUCAAGUUAAGGAUAUACCAUGUGGUACCAAAGGAGGUGUUAUGAUUACCUUUGAGAAGAUAGAGGUUGUUAAUCGAUUGCGUAAGGACUUUGUCUUUGACACUCUGCUCAACUACGGUGUGAACUAUGAUAACACAUGGAUAUAUGACAAGAUUCACCAUGAGAUCAACCAGUUCUGCAGCUCUCAUUCGCUUCAGCAAGUCUACAUUGACAUCUUUGACCAGAUUGAUGAACGGAUGAAAGAGGCUCUUCAGGCUGAUUGCACACGUUAUGCUCCAGGAAUCGAGAUUAUUAGUGUGCGUGUGACUAAGCCGAAAAUUCCAGAGAGUGUAAGGAGAAACUUUGAGCAAAUGGAAGAGGAACGCACUAAGGUCUUGAUUGCUAUUGAGAAACAAAGAGUUGCUGAGAAAGAGGCAGAGACGAAGAAAAUAAUGGCCAUUAGUGAAGCCGAGAAGAACGCCAAUGUUAGCAUGAUUCAUAUGCAACAGAAGCUGACAGAGAAAGACAGUUCAAGAAGAGAAGCAGAUAUUGAGAAUCAGAUGUAUCUUGAUCGUCAAAAGAGUCUUGCUGAUGCAGAUUACUACCGUGUACUGAAAGAAGCUGAAGCAAACAAAUUGAAGCUCACUCCUGAGUUUCUCGAACUCAAGUUCAUCGAUGCCAUUGCUCGCAACACCAAAAUAUUCUUCGGAGACAAGGUACCUAACAUGGUAUUGGAUCAAAGGCUGCUUGGGAACUUCCUCAAUCAUUCUACAAAAGACAAAGAUGGAAACUUGGAAAUGUCCACUGAUACAUAG